CCUCUAGAUUUCUCUCUCCCCCUCAAGAAAUGGGUUAUGCUGUAAAAUAGGUUAGGUCUAUAAAUUAGGGCAAGUCAAACAGCAUUUGGGCUAUGACUCAAAACUUUGAAAUACUGGUAGAAUUACAUAGAAAUCACAACACAAAAUAGGAAUGGCUUUACAAGCACUCUCUACCAAUGAACUCUUAAACUUCAUAGUCUAUGACACUAUCUCUGCAACCCCAUAUAUCUGCAAUGACUCUCCGGAGACUACUUUCUUGCCAGAAACUUGUCUGAAAUCUCAAGAACUCGGUGGUGCUUCUGACAGCAGCUCUUCCAUGAAGCACCGCCGCUGCCGCCUGGCUGGGCCAGAAGCAGCUGACAAGCGGCAGAGUGCGGCGGUGCAAGGGCGGAAGAAGAGGAGGAGGAGACCUAAAGUUUGCAAGAAUAAAGAGGAUGCUGAGACACAAAGGAUGAUCCACAUUGCGGUGGAGCGGAACCGCCGGAAACAGAUGAAUGAGCACCUUGCUGUGUUGCGGUCCCUCAUGCCGGAAUCUUACGUCCAGAGGGGUGAUCAAGCUUCUAUAGUGGGUGGUGCUAUUGAAUAUGUGAAGGAACUUGAGCAUCUCCUACAAUCCCUAGAAGCUCAAAAACUCCAAUUACUACAACAAGGAGGAACUGCAACAUCGAACACAGCCACAGCUGCAGCCACUGCUGAAUUCUUGACGGUCCCAUUUGGGCAAUUUUUUGCAUACCCACAGUACACAUGGUCUCAGUUCCAAAACAAGUGUGCAUCAAAGAGCGAGGGGUCAGUGGCAGAUAUUGAGGUGAAUUUGAUUGAAACACAUGCAAACCUUAAAAUCCUCUCGAGAAAAAGCAUUAGCCAGCUAUCCAAAAUGGUGGCAGCUUUUCAGACAAUGUACCUCACAAUCCUUCACCUCAAUGUGACCACCUUGGACCCAUUGGUUCUCUACUCCAUCAGUGCUAAGGUGGAAGAAGGAUGCCAACUCACUUCAGCAGAUGACAUUGCAGGUGCAGUUCACCACAUGCUUAGAAUAAUUGAGGAAGGCUCUACCCUAUGUUGAUCAAAUCCAAAAUUCCUACUUUACCCUUGCAGUUACAUUGGAAUCACCAAAAUGCCUCUCUCUCUCUCUCUCUCUCUCUUCCUUGUGUGUAUAUAUGGCAUCUACACCAGUGAAAGGUAGUGUUUGGGGGUUUCAAUGGGAAGAAUUAGUUUUUGGAGAGUGAGUGAGUUCAUACAAUAAAAGGAGGAAGGAAUAUUGGAGUUUCGGAUGUUAAAAGGUAUUCCUUUGAAUUAAACUACUUGUAAUGAGUGGAUAUAUUUAUUUAUUUUUUUGGAGGACUGUUUGGUAGAUAGAGAUUUUGGUGAAGUUUCAUUGUCAAUAGAAAAAUGCCUUGUAGUUCGAAAAGAGAGGGGUUCAAAUGGCCCAAAAUUGUGUUUAUCGGAUGACUGUUGGACGAUUACCACGACAACUGGGUGAAACACUUGUCUACCGCGGUUGUCACCUUAUCGAUCGCGGCUAUCAGCCUUCUCGCCAGUUGUUCGGUCGGAUUACCGGGCGACCGGCCCCACUCGGACAACCGAGUGAAAUGUUUAUCUACCGCGGCUAUCAGCCUUCUCACUGGAAGACCGAGAAAAUGAAUUUUGAACCAUUCGGGCCAAACUCAAAUUUAAGCUAUGCAGUAGUGUUGUAGUCAAUAAUAGACAUAUACUGCACCUGGUAAACUCUGCAUGCUAUCUUGUUUUUAGCCUUGUCAUUUUGCAUGACCUAGUCUGAAUAAAGAGGUUAUGUACACACCCAAAAAAAAACAAACUAUUUAAAAAUGUGUUGGGAGUCUGAAUUUGAAAUGUAGAUUUAGAUUUGGUGUAUCUUUCAAUGCAAUGAAUGUGAUUAACA